AUGAAAUUUGGAAUGAAAAUUAGACUUAUUUGGGCGGCCGUUGGCAUUUCUGCUGGAAUAAUGGCGGGAACUGUUUUUUGGAUAAGUUAUUCUAAUUAUUUGGCAACAGGAAUGGCUUAUUUCAGUACAAUUUGUGCAAUAUACCUUUACUAUACUCAUUGGGCAUAUCACAAAUCUUGGAUGUUCGAUUGGUCAGAAACACGUGUUAAAAUCGCUUGGAUGUCUAAUUUAUUUAUUUGUAUAUUUGGAUUUAUUGGAAUGACUGUAUGUUUGAUAUUAGCUGGAAUAUGGCAACAAACUUUGACACGUGAAGGUUUAAUGGGUGAAAAUUUGUGGAUUGCUGCUGUCUGGUUUUGGAUGAGUGGAAAGGUAAAGGAAGAGAGUAAGGAUUGGUUAAGAGAACAGAUCAAACACUUUUUUGGAAGAAUUCUAGAGACCCGUAUCGAGUAUUUGAUUCUACUAGUUUAUAGGGGUAAUGCACUUGUUCUCAAAGUCGUCCUUCCAAUCAAAAAAAUUAUUUCAAAUUAA